AUGAAUAUUUGCAAAUAUUGUGAACUUAACAUAGGACUGGGUACAUUGUCAAGUAUUACCAUGCAUUUUGCUCUUGAGCUCAUGCGAUACGGUGAUCCAGACAAAGGUAUGAACUGCAUGCUUCCGUUUACUGUCUCGUUAAUGGAAUCCAUUGCAGCACUGACCCUUUUUGAUUUAUUUCUUAUGGAACAUAUGGAGGAUACGCGUGAAAGUUUCCGAAGACUAUCGCUGUCUUCCCUGUUUUCACUUUUGAUCAGUUUCCUCUUCUCCAGUCGUACUGCUGUCCUUCUACGGGAGUCACGAAGGACCACAGAGCGAUCGAAAUGGCUUCGACGAGAACGUAACUCUCUUGGAUCUUCUCCUUCUGUUAAGCUACUCGAGAUUGACAUCUUAAAAUGA